GAGGUGCUGCACCCGCCAAAUCUCUCUUCUCUCUUCCUCUCUCACCUCCUCCACCUUUCACUCUGAUCUGCCCAACGUGUCCACCUGUUUGCAAAGUGCACUCGCAACAUGAAGUGAAAAACGGAUUCGCAAACUUUCGGGGGCCGCCACCGACAGAUUUGCCGCUGAAAAGUGAUGCAUGGACGUAAACGACUUCCUCUGUGGCUUCCGCUGCCGGAGCUAACACCGCCUCUGCCAGGGGUCGCCGCCGCCGCCUCCGCAGCCGCCUCCACCAUUGUUGUUGCUGAUGUGCAUGUCGCUCAUGGCGACGCAAGGUGACGAGAUCCCAGGAGACGAGACCAGACCGUCAGAGAGCAACGCGUCGCCGCAGCACUCGGCGCCUCCGACCGCUUCGAGCGAGGACGAAGUGGCAGGCGUCGCCGCCAGCAACAGCAGCAGAGCGCGUCUCAACUCGCACCAGGAUGAGUCCCAAGAGGCGAGCAAACACCAGCGGAAGCCGUCCGUCCUGCAGAAGGCGGGCCGAUGGGUGCGCACCCGGCUGGGCCGCCCCCUGGCAGAGAACGACCUGGAGGCCGACGGGGUCAGUGACCCCGCCGACGACGCCGACUACUUCCUGGAGAAACUGGCGUUGGGGGCGUCGGCCCAGGCGAUGGAAGGUGGAGGCGGCUCCCGGGGGCGGUGCGCCUGUUGCGGGGGCGGAAAGAUGAGCUGCUGCCCCCGGGCCAUCGACCCCUCCAAACCCUUUCACUAUCGGUGGUUAAUCGUGGUGACGAUCGCCGUUUUGUACAACAUGGUGUUCGUGGUGGGUCGCGCCGUCUUCUGGGAACUGGACAACGCGACGCCGUACCUGUGGUUCGCGCUCGACUACCUGUGCGACGCCAUCUACCUUGCCGACAUGGUGGUGCACGCCCACGAGGGAUAUCUAGAGCAAGGCCUGAUGGUGCGGGACACUGGCAAGCUGAGAAAGAACUACUUGAAGUCUUUCCGCUUUAAGAUGGACACGUUGAGCGUGCUGCCGACGGACCUGCUGUACAUGGUGUUGCUGCGGUCGGCGGUGAUGGCGCCGACGACCGCCGCCUCCGCCGCCUCCAACUCAAGUGACCUUCUCGGCGACCUGGUCGCCGGUAGUCCGGCGCCGCCGUUCAGGCCUUGCGGCGCCGGGCCCCACGUGCCGUGCCCGGUGAUUGUGCGGCUCAACCGACUGAUGCGCAUACCGCGGCUGCUCGAGUUCUUCGACCGCACCGAAACCAGGACCAGCUACCCCAACGUCUGUCGCAUUCUCAAGGUGGUGCUCUUCAUUCUGCUCAUCAUCCACUGGAACGCGUGCAUUUACUUCGCCAUCAGCUACGCAGUCGGAUUUGGCACCGACCACUGGGUUUACAACAUCACCGGCACAAGAAAUUCGUCCCUUUCCAGGCAGUAUAUCUACAGUUUUUAUUGGUCCACCCUAACGUUAACAACGAUUGGUGAAACACCGCAGCCGGAAACGGACGCCGAGUACCUUUUCGUGGUGAUCGACUUUCUGGCCGGAGUGCUGAUUUUCGCCACCAUCGUCGGCAACAUCGGCAGCAUGAUCACCAACAUGAACGCGGCCAGGGUCGAGUUUCAGAACCGCAUGGACGGCAUCAAGCAGUACAUGGCUUUCAGACGCGUGUCUCCGGUUUUGGCGUCGCGGGUGAUUCGCUGGUUCGACUACCUGUGGGCCAACAAGCAGGCCCUGGACGAAGGUCGCGUCCUUUCCGCCUUACCUGAUCCUUUGAAGGCCGAACUGGCCAUCCAUGUGCACCUGGACGCCCUGCGGCGGGUCCGGCUUUUCCAGGACUGCGAGCCGGGACUGCUGGUGGAGCUGGUGCUGCGCCUCACCCUGCAGGUCUUCAGCCCUGGCGACUACGUGUGCAGGAAGGGCGACGUCGGCAAGGAGAUGUACAUCGUCAAGCGAGGCCGACUCAUCGUGGUCGCCGACGACGGCCGCACCGCCUUCGCGACUCUAGGCGCGGGCAGCGUUUUCGGAGAGGUGAGCAUCCUGAACAUUCCCGGCAACCGCACUGGAAACCGCAGGACGGCGAAUGUGCGCAGCGUGGGCUACUCUGACGUGUUCUGCCUGGCUAAGGCGGACCUGUGGCGCGCCCUGGAGGACUACCCUGAGGCGCGGCGCAGUCUGCUGGAGCGCGGCUGCCAACUGCUGCGCAAGGACGGCCUGCUGGACGAGGACGAGCUGAAGAAGGCCGAGGCCGAGAAUGAGUCGAUCCGCGACAAGGUCCUCCGCCUAGAGGAGCAAAUGGGAAAAAUCCAUAAGUACGUUCGGUACUUGAAGAAGGAGAACGAGGCUCAGAAGGUUGUCAUCCAACAACUGCAAAACGACGAGGCAUGCGAGCCAAGCAGUGCUGAGGUCAUCCCAAGCGUGGUGGUGAACGCUCUGGAUUUGGAGGAAGAGCAGCAGCAGUGUCUGGACCAACAGGACUCGAGUUCCGACUCCGAGGAGGAGACCACGGUCGUCGAGAACCCGAAGAGCCCCGAGGCUUGAUUUGUGAUAAGUGAUGUUUAUCAGAAAAUUGCUGCGAACUGGACUAUUGGCAGCUGCGGGCAGUGACGGCGGUAGAGGAAUCAAAUAAGGGGACACUUUGCAAUUCUAUAGUUGUUAUCUGGAGGAGUUCGGCAAUCGCGAACUAAUAAGUGGUGAGAUUUAUCACUGACGUGUUACACGAGGAAUGUUGUGGCGUUUUUUACAAUAUAUAAUAUAUGAGAGAGUGGUGAUUUUUUCGGGUUUUAAAUGAAAGAAAUAAUGCACUCGUGUGUUGCGGAAGAGAAAUAUGUUUAUUGUUGUUACUGUUGUUUGGAAGUGAAAUUAUAUUGUACGUACACACACACAACCACACAAAAAAAAAACGGGAAUGGCGGAUUAAUAAAUUUGUUAAGUGUGGAAACACGCACACAAGGGAAUGCUACAUGUGAGUUAUUGCAUCCAACCUUGUUUAAGCGGUUUUGAACAGAGAGCUAGAAUAAAAUUUUAAGUGGUGGAAUUAACAAGAAAGUUAAGUUGAAGGGAGAUUUAAAACCCAAGUAAAAAAUAAUUUAUGUCAAUUUUUAAUCAUCAUUAAAAUAAAGGUUGAUGAAUUUUGAUAAAUAAUAUAACAAGCCAGUUUAAGCUUGGGGUGAUUUUUUUAAGUACUCUCUUUCUUUAAAACGUUUCUCAGGAAAUAUAAAUUUUUUAAAUCAGAACUGAUCAAAUUUUUAUAUUUUAAAGGAAUUUUUUAUUUAA